CUCUGAGUGAGACUUUUUCUGAGGGUAGUUGCUUGCUUGUUGCACUUUUGUUUCACUUCUCACCCCAGUCGUCAUUCGAUUGCAUGUUUUGCUUCACUUCCUCUCAGUUUGCGACGCGUGGAGCAGACCUCAGGGCCUUGCCCGAGCACGAGGGUGGCUUAAUUCCUUGUUUCACCCUGAGGGCUUUCUUGUUCUCACCUUCUCCACCUCUUGUUUUUCUUGCGACCUGUGGUUCCGACCACUGAACGCGCAGCAAAGGAAAACACAACGGUUAGUUAGUCAGGUGCUCAUUGUGCUUGAGUUGUGAAGGUUAGCAAACUCAUCGCCACAAAGUGUGGGCCAGAAAUGGUGCAGUUGGUUUAUUGCCAUUAAUUUCAUGCAGGCACAUGCGAAACUAGAUGUCGGACUCUCUACGUUUCAACUUUUAUUGAGGUCUGGAAGCUACAGACAACUACACGCCAGAACAACAAGCCAACCGAAAAUGCGCAGUAAAACAAGUGAUGCUUGACAGCAGCACUGGUCAAGUCAAUAAUGGCUCUUUCAAUCCGACAAUUGUUGGUGCGGGACCAAGAUUGCACACACCAGUGAACAUGCGCCAAUCGAUUUUGAUGUUGUUGGAAAUUCCCUGAAAAAGGAAGGAACGAAAGCCAGCCCUCUAAAAGACUGGGAACAAAACGAUCAGAAAGGGAACCGUGUUUGUCUUUGACAAGUGUGCAACUCAAAACAAGCCUUUGGUUGCCUUUGAUUAGCAAGACUGCAGUUGUUUUUGGAUGGGAGGAGUCAACAUGCAUUUUACAAAGCUGAGCAGCAGCAUUGAAUAAAGUUCGCAUUGCGCUCACAUUCGUUGCUGCUACAUGACCUACAGGACUUUUCAUGUUGCAGUCUAUAGAGAAUGCCACGUGCACAAACAGUGCCAGAAUAUGUUGUGCGGCUGUUUCGAUCUUUGCGGGAUGCCACCAGGCACCGCCGCUUGUCAGCCCCAGUUGGAGGCAAGCUGGUUUGUCAUUCGAGGUUAAUUGACCUAAACUCACAAGAAGGGCAACGCCUUGCUGCUGAAGCGUUUGUCAAUCAGAAGCUGGUGCAAGCAUUGCUUCGGCAGGAGCAUCCAGCAUUCUGCGCCGUGGCUUCUGCAAUGACAGUGGCUUCCGCCGAAGAAGUUGGGCCCGCAGACCAAAAACGCUUUGCGGACGUUUUUCGGAAGGCGGAGACCUGGCCUCCUGUCAUGGCCUGUUACGGCUUGGACGCAUUGGACGCUUUGCCUGCCCUGUUGAAGUAUUGGUUAUUGUCACACCUGCAGUACGAUGGGGCACCCUUGGCUCUGUUGGCACAAUGGUUGCGGUUGCUGGACUUUGAUGUGGAAAUCUUGAGUUCUGCAGAUUUGGACGAAGAUGCAUUCCGUGAAGAUGUUCUUGCAACCUUUUCAUCAAGUUCAGAUGAAUCAAGGAGAUUCCUGCUGAUCAACUAUUCACGGUCAGUGGUGGGACAGCGCAUGUUCAGCGGAGGCAAUAUUGUGCCGAUUGGUGGGUUGCAUGAGAAGGAGGACAAGGUGUUGCUACUGGAGGUGAACAGCUGGCGGUAUCCCUCGGUGGGAGCCAAGUCUGUUGAUUUGUUGAAUGUGGAAAGUACAGGCUUUUGGGUGCAGUUGAAAGUAUUCGUGUGAGACGUUUGUUUUGUUUGUUUCUCCCAGGUGCUAGGAGGUCCCUGGAGUCACUUCCGUAGAUGAGAAAGGUUAACUGAGAAGUGGCACCGCUGUUCAAAGGAAAGCAGAGCCUCUUGAAGGUCAUUCCUA